ACAUGAGCUGAGCCCAAUAAGAUGUGGCGAGACGAACUCGGUGAACUCGGAGGGGUUUGAAAUUGGGAACAAUCUGAAAUUGGGAACAAUUGAAUUGGAAAAUGGGAAGCGAUCGCAGGUCGAAGGAGAAAAGCAGGAGGAGAAGCCCCUCUUCUGAAGAUGAAGGAAAACACCGAAAACGACAUAGAAGGGAAGAAGAGGGGAAAAAGAGAAGCAGAAAGAGUGAGAAGAAAGACAAGAAAUCUCAUAAGCACCGCUCUGAUAAAGAAAAGAAGUCCAAGGAUAAGCACAAAGGAAAACAUCACAAAGGCGAUAAUGUCCUGAAUUUCCAAGAGCUGUCCAAUGAUGAUUACUUCUCUAAGAACAAUGAGUUUGCGACCUGGCUGAAGGAGGAGAAGAAGGUGUUUUUCUCUGAUCUUUCAUCUGAGUCUGCACGUGAAAUGUUUACCGACUUUGUCAAGGAUUGGAACAAUCAAAAGCUCGACCCGCAAUACUAUGAGGGCAUUUCAAGUGGGCCUCGGAGUGCUCAUAACUGGACAUUUAGAAAGUAGCUAGAAAUAUUAGAGCUGGUGUUUUUUUGUUACUGAUAUGCUAUGUUUUUGUAUAUUAUGAUAACAUGCAUCUAUAUGGGAGAAACCAUGAUCCUGUUGGAUGCUCCAGAGCUAAAUCAUCUCAGGGUUGCUCUCCUUGGAUGUUGGAGAGUAGUUGAAUUUUUCCUCAAUUUUUAGUGUUUGCUUGAUAUAUGUCCAUUACUCUAUUGGCUUUAAAUUAUAUUUUGUUUUGGAUGGAUCA